AUGCGAGUCAAUCAGAAUACAGCCAUCUCGGCGGCAAAGGCGCUUCUGGUGCCCUACGAGGCACACCAUGUGGUCAAGUACCAUGGCUGGAUGCAGGAUCCCGACAUACAGGAAGCCACGGCAUCGGAGCCUAUGACGCUAGAAGAAGAGUACGAAAACCAGCAAUCGUGGCGCACGUCUGCCGACAAACUCACCUUUCUCAUCUGCGAACCCGUCGUGGCCGGCACAGAAACGAUCAUCACGGCGCAGAAGCAAGACGCCGAUCCGCACAUGGUUGGCGAUGUCAACUUCUUCCUCCACCUCGACGACGACGACGGCGGGGGUGAUGCUCUCAUUGGCGAGGUCGAUGUCAUGAUUGCAGCCAAGGAGCAUAGAGGUCAAGGCUACGGUGAAGCCGCGGUGCGGAGUUUGUUACUGUACAUACAAACGAAUCUCGAUGCCGUUCUGGAAGAGUAUGCGCAGGGUGGUGCGGUGAAGUCGCUGCGGGCGCUUAUGGUCAAGAUCCAGCAGGGGAACACGGGGAGUCGCGCGCUCUUUGAGAAGGUCGGCUUUACGCAGGUGGGUGGUGUAAAUUACUUUGGGGAGAUCAAGAUGCUGCUGGAGUGGAGGGACGGCGUCAAAGGCCGAGAUGAUGCUUGGAGGGCCGCGGCCAGAGGGUAUCAGGAGCUUCGGUAUGAAGCGUCUACUUGA